UUAGCCCCCUCUAACUUUUGAUUCCCCUUCCAAUGAGGAUCAUUUCAACGGCGCGAGACUCUUGGAUAUAUAAAAACAGAAUCACUCUUUCCGUCGCUUGUUAAUCAUCUCACGUCUGCUUCUUUUUAUCCCGAAAUUCCAAAUAUUAUCGUUGUAAUAUUCCGUCAACUUUUUGUUUUAUUGUGCAAUUCGGAUGUGAAUUUUGUUUUUGAAAAUUUCGACUCGGAAUAAUUGCUACGAAUCAAUUAGCUUGUACAGCUACAAGACCAAUUAGUAUCUUGUGUCUGUCCACAUUGUGUACAUAUAUCAUUUCUAUUACGCCAUGGUGCAUCCGUGAUGAUAAUCGAUCCAUUUGUCGUGUUUGGAGAACAAAGCAAAGCGUAGUCGUAUGCUGAUUUAUUUCGUUGAGUGAGAUGGAUUCAAAGGACCUCACCAAUUUGACAAUAACUCCGCCUGCCUCUGAGUCUUCACCAUCUCUGACCAUGACACCAUCGCCUGAGAGCGCCAAACAUUCGCCUCAGAUGAAGAGCAGCCAGCAGGCCAAGCGUGCCAUGCCGUACAGCAUAGACAGCAUCCUGGGAGUUCGUCCAGCGGACCGGGAAACUUCUCCGGCAGCGAACGAGUUGAAAUUUAAUUCAAACACAGAGGCCACUCAAUUAACGCCACCAAGGCCAGGGAUGGUGAGCAAACACAGAAACAACAUGGGCGAUGACAUGACCUUGAGCAGAUUCUUUCACCACCAGCACCUCAACGAAGGGCGCCAGCAGUUUCAGAAAUCGUUUGGGCUGAUCACCCCGCCACAGCAGCUCCACGACAUGGACAAGGAGCAUCACUACCGCCUCGGGCAUGACGACGAUGAUAGGCGCCCGUUUCACGACAAAAACCAGCAUGAUUCGGCGGUCCUCUGCGACGACAUCACGGCGGCCCCGUCACCGAUGUAUCGGACUCACGUGUCCAGAUCCCCUCAGAGGCAGCAUCACCGGUCCUUUACGCCUCCCCAGGUGGGCUCGGACAGGACAGACACCCCUUCCCCCAUCAUGAGGGAGUUCUCCGGGGAGAGGCCAGCUUCCAAUAGUGCCGACGAUAUGCAUGUCAAGUCAAUCAACAGCGGAAACGACUAUGGCGGCUACACGGACAAUGAGAACAACCUUGACGAUGACAGUCCAGGGAAACCAAGAAAAAUUCGUCGGAGCAGAACUACAUUUACAACUUUUCAGCUCCACAGGCUGGAGAGAGCAUUUGAGAAAACACAAUAUCCAGACGUCUUUACACGUGAAGAAUUGGCCAUGACCCUUGACCUCAGUGAAGCUAGAGUACAGGUUUGGUUUCAAAACCGGCGAGCCAAGUGGAGGAAGCGAGAGAAAGCUCUCGGACGAGACAGCCCUACAUUCAUCCAAGGAGAGCCCCCUGCUUCUCUCAGCGAGAUGAUCAGCCUGACCAGACCCUUUGGAUUUCCUUCUGCCAUGGAGCCUUUCUGGGGCAGCAGGUUCCCUCACCUGACAGGCGUGCAUCCAAUGAUGGCGUUGUCUCACCCAGGUGUGACGGCAGCCCAAGCAGCAGCAGCAUACAGCGCCAGAUCUCCUUUCGGAGGUUUCAUCCACGGCUACAUGUUGCACACAGCUAAUGGACUAAGAAAUCCAGCCGCCAUGCCAGGGGGCCAAAACCUCAUCCCUUCUUUUGGUGGCGUCCCAACCUCACUCUCGCCUCGUCUACCCAAUCCAACCAAUUUGUACGAACAGGAAAUACGCAAUACCGGAAGUGGGGUAAACGCCAUCGGGAAUUCCAGCUCCAGCGUGGAGACGCUAAGGAUGAAGGCCAAAGAACAUUCGGCAGAGGCAGCUGCUGCUCUCUCUGGACUGCAGUAUCCAGACCACAGCAUAGCAGUGAGUUUACCUUCGUAGCACUGGGCGGUACAGUAUUACUCACUUACCAAAGACCCUCACAGUAUUUAUAUAUGAACUGGGAAAAACUAAGAAUGACAAUAAAAAUUAUGACGUUGCAUCUGUCGCAACCUGAACAAGUUUCGUCAGUUUCCUUUUACAGAAAAAAGGAAAGAAUGUUAUCUAGGGGCAUGUGCGUGAAUCAAUGUGAGCGUGCGUCUGUAUGUGCGUUCGUUAAAUGAACGAACUCGAAUCAAAAUAUUGAGGUCAGCUGAAAAUGUAAAAAUGCAAUGUCAUUUCACUGUCAUUGACAUUUAGUCAUGAAGGUCAUUUUGUUUGUUCAAAUUUAUUUUAUAUAGAGCAGUUUUCAUGCCUAUAGCAUGCUCAGAGCUCUAUGGCUCAACCUCUUAUGUGGACCAGUGGGAGGAAGCGGUAUCAGGGAGAAGGCUUUCCGUGCAGCGUUUAGGAGCUCAGCCAACUAAGCUCUAGUCGGGAUUCCUAUAGCCCACUUGAUAGGUAGCCAAGUGGUUUUGACCACACAGCCACUCACGUUACCACGUGGUAGUCUUCUUACUUCUCGUCUAUCACUUGAAAUUCAUAUCAAUUCAUUGUGUGCUCUUUAGCAGAAAGUUGAAUGAACCAAAAAUCUUCAUCGACAUUUAAAUAGCAAAAUCUUUAACACUCUAACACAAGGAAACCAGCAUUUCAAAAUCUUAUCAGAUAGACUAAUUCCUUAUUUUUCAGUUUCACUAACAAAUCAUAUGAGAAGUAUUUAAUAAAAAAAAAUAUCUAUCAUUUUAUUUUUCACACGUCUAGAAUCUACAUGACACUGUCUUGUCAGGUACCUAAUAGAACCAGGUAACUUGGGUUAUUGAGUGCAAUAGCAGUGAAUCAUUGCAAUCAAAUGAAAUCCAGUAGCCAUUAACCUCGUGGUUCAUGAAGCAUCUCUCUCUUGUUUUCGUUACUUAAUGAUUAUAGUUUUGUUACUAAAUGAUGCAGAAACGAGUAUAAUUAAACAAUCUUUCAUUUUAUGGAACAUUUAGUGUUUCAUUAUAAGGCAAGUUUGUGUGUGUGUGUUCGUUUAUGUUUCCAGCAAGUUGGUCUCUUUGUAUAAACUGUAAAUAGACUGUAUAGAUGUCAAUAGGAUUGUCUGAAUGUAAUUAGGUGGAUCUAAAUAGACUUUAGAAAUUGUGUAGUCUUGAUUGUGUGACAUUCUCGCUUCACGAUUGUAUUGUCACGUCUGAGAGAGAUAAGACAUGACACUGUGAUGUAACUGAAAAAUCAUGACAUAAUAAACAGCUUUUUUUUUCUAAUUAUUA